AUGUGUGCAGAACUACCUGUGCGCAACGGAGGUGUCGGGAGGCACGUGGAAGAGGAUAGGGAAAAGACAGAGACGCAGCAGCAGCAACAACAACAACAACGGCGGCGGAAACGGUCUGCUUUUUCCCCACGCACGCAAGAACACGCAACAUCGCGUACAACAAGCAAGACGCUGCGCCAAUACACAUCCGUCGCGUGCGACAACGAGCACACACGCAACACGAGACUCCCAGCAGCGAGAGUGGACGUGCUCUUGCUUGUUUUUCUUUCCUCGUUUCUUUCGGUGUUGAUCCUCCUCCUCCUUCGUCGCUUUCAGUCUCCGUGCCGCGUGCUCGGCGUGUCAGCCAAACCCCCCGCUGCGGCGGCGGCGGGAGGGGCGCCUUGUCGGAGGGCGUGCGAGACAAGCGUCGCCGCGACAAGUUUGCCGUCGCUGAGGCCGGCGAGAAGCACGGAGGGGGCGAAGACCAUGCAGGAAACGCCCGAGUGCGACUUCAGCACCGGCGCGAGCUGCAGCCGCGAGGCGCGCUGGAGGACGUUCUCCGCCGCGGCGUACGUUACCGCGGCGGGGCCGCACGCCACCUCCUCCACGCACGCGGCCUUCGCCUCGAGGAGGGUGCGGAACCGCAGCAGCAGCGCGUGCCCGUCCGCCGUGCCGACGGCCAGCACGUCGUCGUAG